UUACAUUUUGUCAAAAAUUACAGAUGAUGUGGUUUAUGACUGCGACUUCCGCAUAGGUGUUUCUCUGUGACAGGAAGUAAAUUUCAACAAUGGAGAUUUAACUGUUUAUUCAGAAAUUUAGUACAGCACUCAUUCAUAUCUGUUUAGUCUCAUGAACUCGUCGGAAGGCUCGUUUUAAAAGGGGUUCUGCAUGAAAAAGCAUUAAAGUUAGUCAUACAGUGGUGACAGCUUCUCUGCAGUGCUGCGCUGAAUGGGAUAUGGAGGAUGGAUUGCUGUUUAUGUGAAAUAUUGCAAUGUUUGCUUUUACUGUCGCUGAUUGCCUUACUUUUGGUUGCUGUGAUUGCUCAUGUCAGUGCUACGAUUGUAGAUCAGACUCGCCAUGAAAAGGAGAAAUACUUCUAUACUGUAGAGGGCAAGAAGGAGUCUUUCAACAGUCUGUUGGAGCCUCACUCACUGGAGCUGUCUGUGGUCGUCCCUUCAUACAAUGAGGAACUCAGAUGGUACACUAAGCUGCCGCGGGCGGCUCAUUCUUAUGGCUGAUGCAGACGGAGCCACUAAAUUUGCUGACAUUGAAAAGGUGGAGGCUGGUCUUAGGAGCAUCAGCCACAAGCCUGAUAACAUGGCGAUCUCAUGCGGGUCCAGAGCUCACCUCGAAAUAGAAUCAGUGGCUCAGCGGUCUGUAUUCCGAUCGUUCCUGAUGUAUGGAUUCCACUUCCUAGUGUGGUUCUUCUGCGUAAGGGGGAUUAAAGACACACAAUGUGGGUUUAAGCUUUUCACUCGUGAAGCAGCCUUGAAAACAUUCUCCAGCCUGCAUGUGGAACGCUGGGCGUUUGAUGUAGAACUUCUGUAUAUUGCUCAAUGUUUCAAAAUCCCUAUAGCAGAAGUGGCGGUUAACUGGACGGAGAUUGAAGGGUCAAAGUUGGUGCCGUUCUGGAGUUGGCUACAGAUGGGACAGGAUCUAUUCUUUAUCAGACUACGUUACCUCACUGGUGCCUGGAAGCUGGAGUCUGAAAGAAAAACUCAGUAGCCCUUGUUUCUGCUAGUGUGCU